GCCGGAAGCGCGGCUCACAGGGGUUCGGAGGCUGACGACAAGGAUGCCCGGGUUCGCGGAGCUCGGGCUGUCUUCGUGGCUCGUGGAACAAUGUCGGCAGCUGGGUUUGAAGCAGCCCACCCCUGUGCAGCUUGGCUGCAUCCCCGCUAUCUUGGAAGGUCGGGAUUGCCUGGGCUGUGCCAAGACAGGCAGUGGCAAGACGGCAGCAUUUGUCCUGCCCAUCUUGCAGAAGCUGUCUGAGGAUCCCUAUGGCAUAUUCUGCCUUGUCCUGACACCCACCAGAGAAUUGGCUUACCAGAUCGCAGAGCAGUUCCGGGUCCUGGGGAAGCCUCUGGGUCUGAAAGACUGCAUCAUUGUCGGCGGCAUGGACAUGGUAGCCCAGGCCCUGGAGCUCUCCCGGAAACCACAUGUGGUCAUUGCCACACCAGGACGCCUGGCUGACCACCUCCGCAGCUCCAACACCUUCAGCAUCAAGAAGAUCCGCUUCCUGGUGAUGGAUGAGGCGGACCGGCUAUUGGAGCAGGGCUGCACUGACUUCACCAUGGACCUGGAGGUCAUCUUGGCAGCCGUGCCAGCCCAAAGGCAGACACUGCUCUUCAGCGCCACCUUGACCGACACGCUCAAGGAGCUGCAGGGCCUGGCCACCAACCAGCCCUUCUUCUGGGAGGCACAGGCCCCGGUGCGCACAGUAGAACAGCUAGACCAGCGCUACCUGCUGGUGCCUGAGAAGGUCAAGGAUGCCUACCUGGUCCACCUGAUCCAGAACUUCCAGGACGAGCAUGAGGACUGGUCCAUCAUCAUCUUCACCAACACAUGCAAGACUUGCCAGAUCCUAUGCAUGAUGCUACGAAAGUUCAACUUCCCCACUGUGGCCCUGCAUUCUAUGAUGAAACAGAAAGAACGCUUUGCUGCCCUGGCCAAGUUCAAGUCCAGUAUUUACCGGAUCCUGAUUGCAACAGAUGUGGCCUCCCGGGGCCUGGACAUUCCCGCAGUGCAGUUGGUCAUCAACCACAACACCCCUGGGCUUCCAAAGAUCUACAUCCACCGAGUUGGCCGGACGGCCCGUGCAGGGCGGCAGGGACAGGCCAUCACACUGGUGACACAGUAUGACAUCCACCUGGUACAUGCCAUUGAGGAGCAGAUCAAGAAGAAGCUGGAGGAGUUUUCUGUGGAGGAGGCUGAGGUGCUGCAGAUUCUCACACAGGUCAACGUAGUGCGAAGGGAGUGCGAGAUUAAACUUGAAGCAGCCAACUUUGACGAAAAGAAGGAAAUCAAUAAGCGGAAGCAGCUGAUCCUGGAGGGGAAGGACCCUGACCUAGAGGCCAAGCGCAAGGCUGAGCUGGCCAAGAUCAAGCAGAAGAACCGGCGCUUCAAGGAGCAGGUGGAGCACACGCUGCAGCGGCAGAAGGCCAACAGAGCUGGCCAAAGGGGGCGUCCACCCAGGGCCCGACCUGAGGCCCAUUCGGCCUCAGCGCCCAUCCAAGGCCCAGCCUGAGGCCCACAUGGCCCCUACUUGCCCAGUUUGGGACUCCUUCAUCGAGCUGAGGGUUAGAAGGUCCUCCCUUGGAGACAGUCCCCCUUUCCAGCCUGCCCACCCCCACUCAGCAGAGCCCAUGGAUACCCACAUUAUGCAUUACAUGGCUGCUCUUUCCUGCAGCCCCAGCUGGUCCCUUUUCAGAGCCUUGGCCAAGAGUCAGGCUGCAGAGGAGGAAAGAACACUGGCCAUGUGGUUGCAUCCAGCUCCACACAGUGACCCCAGCCCAUGGUUACCACAGGGGGUUGCUGUGGGGCCCCAGAGUGAGGGUAUAUCACUUGUAGGAGGAACUCAAUAAAUGAGUUUUUUUUUAA